UUCGCGGAGGGGGAAGAGAGAAUCCUCAUUUGAGCUUUGUCUGUAACAACCUCCCUAUCUUAAGGACAUAUUUCGCUAAAACAACACGCGAGGCGGUUGAAUUAAUAACGUUAGUUUCUGUAGCCUGUUAUAUAUUAUAAACCCGUAACGUAAUACCGAGGUGAUAGGCUACCUCUUGAAAAUGCUUCAGUCUCUAGCCAGCAAUUCGUGUGUGCGGUUGAUACAAAGUCACAAAUCGACGUGGUAUUUUGUAUCUCUAGUCUUGGGGUAUAUCCUUUAUCUCAUAUUCGGCGCUGUUGUCUUUUCGUCGGUUGAGCUGCCUUAUGAAGACCUCUUGCGCCAGGAGCUGAGGGCCAUUAAAAAACAGUUCCUCCAGGAAAAUGAAUGUCUAUCCGAGGAGCGUCUCGAGCGUUUUCUAAAGAAAGCCCUGGAUGCCAGUAAUUAUGGCGUUUCCAUCCUCAAUAACGCCUCAGCUAACUGGAACUGGGACUUCACCUCUGCGCUGUUUUUUGCGAGCACCGUGCUGUCCACCACAGGAUAUGGUCACACAGCACCACUGUCCGAUGGCGGGAAGGCCUUCUGCAUCAUCUAUUCAAUGAUUGGCAUCCCCUUUACCCUCCUCUUCCUUACUGCUGUGGUGCAAAGGAUCAUGGUGUUCAGCACGCGGAGGCCGGUCAUGUACAUCCACAGGCGUUGGGGCCUGUCCAAGCCACUGGUGGCUAUCGUACAUGCCACUCUGCUCGCCACUUUGGCCGUCUCUUGCUUCUUCCUCAUCCCCGCUGCCAUCUUCUCUGCACUGGAGGAGAACUGGAACUUCCUGGAGUCCUUCUACUUCUGCUUCAUUUCCCUCAGCACCAUUGGUCUGGGUGACUACGUACCUGGAGAGGCCACAAAUCAGAGGUUCAGGGAGCUUUACAAACUGGGGAUCACUGUCUACCUGAUCCUGGGUCUGAUAGUCAUGCUGGUGGUGCUGGAGACCUUCUGCGAGCUGCAGCAACUAAAGCAGCUGAGGAAAAUGUUCUACCUGAAGAAGGAGAAGCCGCAGGACCGCCUCGCCAUUAUGGAACACGACCACCUGUCCUUCACCACUGUGUCCAACAGAGCCACAGCUUACACUGAGGGCAAAACCCCAACAUUUGUUAGUGUCCCAACUCUGGCCUCCCCCAAUGACGAUCCCAUGAUCCAGUAAACAUCGACGCAGCAAACACCUAUUGCAGAAUGAAAAUGAGAAAGUAGUGGGUAAUGCACGCCAGGCUGUAAGUAGAUAGAGCGAGUAGAUUAGGUCUCAGCUGUAGGCAUUCUGCAAAGCUCAGUCCUGCACAUCUUACCUGUAAAAUUAGUUGAGACUAAUCAGAUCAAGCAAACAAUAGUCUUUAUCAAACCACAAUACUGACAAUAUCGUGCUAUGCAGGAGAGAUUAAAUGUAUGCACAUUGUUCAGGGAGAAAAUUAAUAUAUUAACAGUGACUUUAAAGAUAUAGCCAGCAAUAAAAGAAAAGCCUUCAGCUGUAUUUACGACUCAUAUGCUCCUUUUAUGAGUUGUGAUAUUAUUGCAUAUUUAGGAACAUUUUAGAAAAUAAUUGGUCUCUUAAAUCUAGCUGAAAGAUAGGGCAAUGCUCUAUAGUCUUUCACAAAAUAGAACAUAAACAUGUACGUAUCUUAUAAAUAGAGAUGCUUGAUGUGUAUGUGGAAUGUACAUAAUCAGGUAAAUGUUUUAAGAUGUACAGCUUAAAUUAACACACCUGAUAAAGAUGAGCCAAAGUGCAGCCAACACAUGUAAUUAACUAUCAUUUGAGUCUUUGACAGGAAAAUGUGGUCAAUGUACCAUGACGAGUAUUCUGUUACUGCAGUCAGGUAACUUUUUUUUUUUGGGGGGGGGGGGGUCAAAGGUCCCAUUGUGGGUUGACUGACAGAGAGCUGGCAGUCGAUCGUGAACAAAGCAUCCGAAAAAGAAUUGACAAUACAUUUUUAUGAAUAAGUGGUCUGAGCUCAAAAAAAGAUAUGCUGAAAGUAUGACAGUUUUGAAUAUGAAGUGUGCAAACAAACUGUUUAAAAAAAAAAAAAAAACAGUAAGAAAGAUAAGUUGACUUUAUUAAUCCCACACUGGGGAAACUCCUGUGCUAUAGCAUCUUAAAAGAAAAAAUGUACACACAUCAGAAGAACACAAAUAUGUCCAGGAGAAAAACUAUACCGACAGUAUGAUAAGAAAUAGAACAAAAAAUAAACUCUUUACUCUGCAUAUAAGAACAUAGUUUUACAGUCUGUUUUGCAACAUUUUUGGCUCAUCUUUACGUAGGCUAUUAACUAACUAUUCUUUGUUGGACUUCACGUCAUCACGUUUCAUUGUGAGGGACAGUAUUUGAUGUGUGUGUGUGUUUUCUCUACAUGUUGCAGUGCGAUUUCAAUAUCCAUGUGUGAUGAUAAGUAGCACUAUCCUUUAUUGAUUUGUCCAGCUUAAUGUGUGCUGGACUGUUUGAAAAGGGAAGUAGAGGUUAGCCUAGCUUAAAAAAAGAGAACCACAGAGUGCUGACCUGCCCGUUGCAUUUUACUGUCACUAAAGAGAGCUCAGUUUGCACGUGUACUGGAGCCAGGCAGUAGUACAGGGAAAAACAUAAAUGGAUAUGAUUCCAAAGUUUUUAUUGGUAAAAAGGAAAUGAUUUUUAAUGGAAAAAUAAUGGUACUUUUGACGUGGAUGAUCUGUAAAGGCUCAAUAAUGGCGCUAACCUUAAAAAAAGGCGCAAGAUGUUGAAAGAAACUUUUUGACUGUAUUUUUACAUAAUUUGAAUGUAGAAAUGUAUAUUUUUUGGUAUGAGAAAGAUUUAAAACGCUUUUAUUAGUAAUUAAUGAAGUUAAAUCUCUUCUUAGAAUGGUGCAUUAGGGAAACUUGAAACUAUAAUUUCACGCAGCAGUGCAGCUAAAACAUUCCACUUCUGAUUAUCUACAUUGGAUGUGCUCAUCAAUCAAGAAUAACUUUCCAAAAAUGCGCAAGCUACACUUGCAAGUUUGUAUGACAUUUGACUGUGUUUAUCUGAAGGAAAAAUGGUGUGAAAGAAGUACUUACAGUAAUUUCAUCCCCUUAUCCGUCUUGCGAUAUUCCGUUUGGUGUACUUUAGACACCCACACGUACAAUGUAGCAUCAUGCUGCAAUGCAGACUUAUUUGUCAUGGAUCCUAUUUUAGUACAUUUAAUAGAAAGACAGGCAUUUGUUUUACAUUUUAAAUACAUUUCAGUACCUGUGGAGCUGAAAUUCUAACCUCAUCCUUCUCUGCUACAUCGCCACACCAAGACACUGUCGCAGCCUUUUACGAGGUCUUGAAUGUAACGUUUUUUAUGCCGUGUGCUACAGCAAGAUUUAAGGGCUGCACAGAGUGCAGUAUUACGCCUUGCUGCUCAGCUGGCUCUGUCAGUUUAGUGAUGACAAGUUGAUUUG